GCGGGGCCUGGAUGUAGUGGGGGCGGGGCCUAAAGACGGUCCUCUGCUCCGUCGUCUCCUGGUCUCCUCGUCCGCUGCUGCUCGGCCCAUAUCCAGCACUUCUCUACUUAAAGCCAGCUGACACACCAAGGGUGGUUAACAGAACAGGCCGCCCGCUCUGCAAAUCUCUCGCACCACUGAUAGGCGUUAGUUAUAAUAUCGUAGACUAAUUAGUUUGGUCAGGUUAGCAGAGAGAAGCACCAGGUCCGAGGGCAGACGGAGGCCCCAGCCCCCGUCACACGCACACACACAUCACCACGGCCUUAUGGUGAUGCAUGCGAGGAAACCAGCAAGAGUCAGCGAUGGGUAAAUCCACUGUCAUGGUUGUUAUAGUAUAAAAACACAAUGUCUGUCAGGGGGUUGAGGCAACUCAAUAUCCGCUAAGCUAGCUGCUAAGCUAACGGCUAACGCUAGCCGCUCGUUAGCCGGGUUAGCUUGUGUUAGCUCGUACCACAGCAGGGCAUUUCCUGUUCACUAAACACGUCCGUUUAGACCGAGUCUGGUAUCUAGGUCUGGAUGGGUCACUCCAUCUGGCAGUACACCGAUCUCUGACAGUAGGACAGGUUUCCAACGGAUCGUGGUAUGACGAGUUAGUUGGCUAACAAUCGUAACUGACAGGACGACUGACUAGCUAGUUAAAAGUCUGUCGCUAGCCGACCGUUGGGUGCACCGACAGAAGGCAUUCCCAACCCUACCAGCCCCACAAGUCCCAACCAAAGAGCCAGUCGGGCAGUGUUCACCGUUACGACAAGGUGCGUGAUGGUUCGUCAGAGCCCACUCCGCCCUACAAGAUGCUGCGGCGCUCAGACGAGAGUCCCGUCAGUCGGCCCGGGGACGGCACCGUGGGGGGCCAUGGCAGGGCCAAAACUACACACACACUCGGUGGAAAGAAUGGGACCAGCGGAUCUCCACAAGAGAACCCUCACAACAAUAAUGGCGCCCAGCACAGCUCAGACUCGCAGGCCCCUCAGAGCAGACCCACAGAACGGCGCCAAGAGCCGGCUGACGAUUGGACAGAGCACAUCAGCUCCUCUGGGAAGAAGUACUACUACAACUGUAGAACGGAGGUGUCCCAGUGGGAGAAGCCCCGGGACCUGCUGGAGAGAGAACAACGGCAGAAGGACUCUUCCAAGACGACCAACAGCUUCCCAAGGGACAUGGACUACAGACAAGAGGCCUUGCAGGACAAAGCCACAGCUAAGAGCACCUCCGGGGACCAGCCUACCGGGCCCAACAACACAGCCUCCCAUUCCUCCUCCUCCGCUCCGUCAGCCUCUCAGAGCUUGAGCUCCGCCCUCCCCUCCACCCUCCCCUCCUCAUCCGCCACCUCCUCCUCCUCCACCUCCUCCUCCUCCGCGUCGUCGGCGGCGGUGCAGGCCCAGUCCUCGGCGCUGCUCCAGGACCCAGCCAUCCUGCACCAGCUGCUGCCAGCGCUGCAGGCCACCCUGCAGAUGACCAACGGCAGUGUGGACAUGGCCAAGAUCAACGAGGUCCUGGCGGCCGCUGUGACCCAGGCUUCCUUGCGGUCAAUGCUUCACAAGCUGCUGGCCGCCGGGCCGUCGGGCUACAAUGUGACCGCUCUGCUGUCCCAGGCCGCCGCCGCCGCCCAGCACUCCAGUCAAGCCCAGCAGUCGAGUCAGUCACCAGUGUCCCUGUCGUCGGACACGCCCUCGCCGCGGCCGUACAGCUCGCCAAGGAGCACCUCCACACAGUCCAGUGCCUCUGCGGGCCAGAAGCCUAUGACGGGAGGCGGCUCCGCUAGCUCCGCCCCCUCCCAGAGCAGGCAGGGGAACACGUCUUCAGGUAAAUCUGGAGCAGCUCUCAUGUCCCAGUCCUCCGUGGAGAAACGCCCUGAGGACCCCAGAACGCUCCAACUGAGAAGCCAGGAGAAUCCGUCCCCUGGACCAAACGCAUGUGGAGCCGGCAUGGCGGCCGCCUCCUCCACCUCCUCUUGUGGGGCCAGCCAAUCACAGCCCAGCGCCCCGGGCUCCUUCACCCCCUCCCUGGCCACCCACUUUGAUGAGAACCUCAUCAGGCAUGUCCAGGGGUGGCCGGGCGAACACACAGAGAAGCAGGCGGCUAGGCUGCGCGAGGACUUCCACAACAUGGGGAGCUUGUACAUGUCUGAGAUCUGCACCGAGCUGAAGAACCUGCGCUCUCUGGUCAGGGUGUGUGAGAUCCAGGCCACGCUGAGGGAGCAGAGGAUCUUGUUUCUGAGGCAGCAGAGCAAAGAGCUGGACAAGCUGAAAAACCAGAACUCCUACAUGGUCUGAGGACGGCGAGAUGGAGAUGGUUUUAUAUAAAGGGACAGAGAGGGGAUGACGAAGGAGGGGGAGUGCUGUAGGCUCUGAUGCUGCCAGCGGAGUGGAUGGAGGCCCAGAGGACCAGCGUCGAACCCAACAAGGGGAAGCCCCCCCUGGAUGGAAGGAGAUUCCCCCCUUUACUAUGGUGUUGUCUGGGGAGACAGCACCUGGUCUUGGAAAGGUUCUCCAUUCGGUAACAUAACGGCAAAAAAAGAAAAAUACAAAAUGUCCUGACGUCUUGAGGUGUCAACUGGGCGUAACGCAGAAGAUGUUUGACUUGUAGGAUGCGUCUGCUCUGACAAAGCCUUUCUCAAGCCCCUGAGAAACUCUUUCAAAUAGCACCUUUCUGGACUGUGAACUGUUGGAUUUCUGUUUUUAUUGUGCAGGUUAACCGUUUCUUUCUUCUGGUGUUUCACAUGUAGUUGUGUGAGCAAACAAGAUCGUCUUUACGUCCCCCCCAAAGGAAAAAAAUUAAAUUGAAUAACUUAAAAGUAUUGGUUUUAGUUUGUUUUUGUCUUCUUUCCAUCAAUCAUGGGUUUGAGGCAGUACAGUGUGACCGUUUGGUCUUCAGGAAGCGUGAUAAACGGUUGAAUCAACCGGGAGUUCAUACUCAACAGAACUACUCAUUUACCACGGCUCAGAUUUAAAAUGGAGCUGAGAGUUUCUUCACAAACGAAGUGAACCAGAUGGUAAUUCAGCGUGACUCAAGACCUCAGCCUCCGUUGUAAGCGCUGUGUUGACACUUGCGGGCAAAUCUUAAAGUCCCGGGUUAUCCGAAUCAUGUUGAAGGUGUUAUUGACUUCUAAUCAUGCAAAACUAAAUGUUUCACCAACGUUUUAGUUUUGGGCUAAAACAAAUUGGCCCUUGAUGAAUUGCAACAAACUUUGGUUGCUCCAGAACAGAAAUACAAGCAAUGUUUAAUACCUGCUCUUCUGACUAGAUGCUCAGCCUGCGGUGUUACUGCCAGCCGUUUGGAGCUCUGGAUCCAAGACCCCGGGUUGUAGAUGUUUGAUCUACAACUGGCCUACUAAAAUUUUGUAGCCCAGCAAAAGCUAUCAAAACUUCCCUCCUACAUUUCAUAAUGCAAAAAAAGAUUUAUUUUACAGAUAAAAAUAUACAGUCUGGACCUAGCUCAGCUCUCCACAAUGUCUGUCUUACAAUACCAUUUGUAUUUGUAUGUUCCCCAAGGCCCCCGCUGGUUGUUUUGUUUGGUCAGUGUUUUGUUUCGCUCCGAUAACGGGCUGGAUAUAUCAUUCCAUAGAGCAGCUUUGCAAGAGAUGACGAGUAGAGAUUCUUUUUUUUCUUUCAUUUUUAUAAACUGUUAUGUAAACUUAAAUUAUUGUUGCACAUUACUGAUUACGUCCUUUUUUCUCCUGUGAUAAAUGAAGACGUAAAGUUUCUAAUUUUGCUUUCAUCCUAACAAACUCAUCUUUUUUUUCUUCUUGCAAAUUCGCUGCCUUGGUGGCAGCUCAGUUUAAUUCCACAGUAGGCAGAGUGUGGUUGCUUCUCUAUUAUUAAUGUAUUCAUUUAUGACUCUUUUGUCUUUUUUUAAUAUGAAGACAUUUCACGUGAAGCUGCAGUAAUACUUUUCUUCCACAUUGGCCCCCAUCCUGGUCUGUUUUGGACCAUGAGUUUACUCCCUCAUCUCGAGACCAGUCACCCGCCAUGUAACUGUUGGACUUCUUGUUACUCCAGUUGUGCAUUGGGAGGGGGGGGGGGGAUGUGCACAUCUGUUUUUGGAGGGGUGUUGGGGGAGGUUCUUAUGGGCAUUUCUGUAGGGUAGAAAGGCUUUGUAUGUUAUUCCGUAAAAUAUAUGAGAAUAAAAUAUUCUACCUUAAUUCUGUUGUUUUGGCUUCUGUCCACUGAUAAGUUUUCUGUCAAUUUUAUGGUUGGAUGUAUCCUGAAUAUAUGUUGUCGAACUUGAUAUUUCAGUUUGGGACAAAGUGAUGUUCCCUUCUCAGCCAGGAGAUGGCGCACUUUAGCCGCUGGUGUGUAACUUAUGACUGACAAUCUCCUGCAUAAUUGCGAAUCCUUCUGGCCGAGUUGAUAUGGUUUCAACAGCUUUUAGUCAAUUUUUAAUAAAGCUAUUAAUGAACAUGUCACCUCAUCUAAAGCUGAACAUUGAAUACAACGGAGUAAGGGUGUUGAUGAAAGAUGCACAAAGUAGAUUGAUAGGUCUGAAGGUCCUCAAUACAGACCACCAAUCAUUGGCACAUUUCAUUCACUGGUGCUUAGAGUUGAGACUGAUUUUGCUGUACAAGUCGUAGGUCUACAAUACAUAAUCGCCUAGAAUACAUUGUAGUUUGACAUUUAAUAAAGAUUUGAACUUUAAAAAUCCCUUGAAUAUUUAGCUUCUCUGUCAUGCAUUGCCCUAAAUGGAAUUGUGUUCAUUUUUGUAAUCCCUUGGUAUGAAGUUAUUUCAGAAUUAAAUAGGCAUUCACCUCCCGUUUGUUUCUUGCUCAGUAAAUUCUGUUAC